GUUCCCUUGAGCCGCGGUCCUUCUGGCCGCCGAGUCGAGGUUCUUGGUCACUUCACUUUCUGCUCAGCUUCGUCUACCGCGUCGGCAGCGGCAUCCCGUCUCUGUCUCCUGCAGGCAGUCUCUCUUUCUCGUCGCGCCGAUCACUCACACGAUAGUCAAGCCCCCGGCGCGUACAGGUGGCCAGUAUCGGUGAUGGCGCUCAACGCACACAUGGGCCCGUAUUCGCUGCGCGUGCAGAUCGGAACAUUCAACUACAACCUCCGCGGCUCGUCGCAGUACGAUACGCCUGACCUGCAGCCAUGGCUCAUCCCUACGGUCGAAGAGGAUCCAGACUCGGGCUACAGCACAACCGGAGGGCCUCGUGACGCACCGGACAUUUUCGCGGUAGGCUUCCAGGAGCUUAUGCCGCUCCACAUGGGCUUCCUUGGAACCGGCUCCUUGUUUAGCACUGGAAAUAGCAGCAGUAGCGACGAAGAAGGUGGCGGCGCAGCUGGCCAAGUGCUGCGUGACACGGACACGGAGAUAAGGCGCGCGGUUCGUCCACACUCUGCAGUGGUCAGCGGCGACGGGCUCUACCCACCCGGCGGCGGACCAGAGGGGUACACGCUGAUUGCACGUGAAAACCUCGUGGGCCUCGCACUCUUCGUUUAUGCGCGCGAGCGCUCCGGCAUCGUCGGCCGGGUCAGGGAGGUGAGAACAAACCGCGCUGGAACGGGCAUCUUCAACCUGCUCGGGAACAAAGGCGCCGUUGGCGUGCGCGUCGUGCUUGAAGGCUCCCCUAAUGUGCAAGGCACGGGUAAAAAGGACGCGGAGCAGGUCUUGACGUUCGUGUGUGCCCAUCUCGCCGCGCACGACCACAAUAUAGCGCGCAGGAACACCGACUGGAAGAACAUCGUCCGCCGGCUCGUCUUUCCGCCUGAUUCGGUGGUGCCGCUCCCCUCCUUGCAGCAGAACAUCAGCUCGGAGCGCGAGAAACCGGGUCCGGUGGACCUGGACAAGCUCAAGUCCCAGUACAGUGAAAAGGGAGGCAGCAAGAGCAAAAGCAGGCCCGCCAGGCCGCUGGACGAUCGCGAGCACACGCUGUACGACUCCUCGCACCUCUUUGUCUUCGGCGACCUCAACUACCGCAUUGCAGUGGGUAUCCCACCACAUCCGGCACUCGCUUCCUCGUCGGCCGGCAGCAAAUCCACUGCGCCUCUCAAGAAAUCCGAUGUAGCUUUCAAGGUGGUCAUGGAAGAAUGGGAGACGCUCGCCGCAUACGACCAGCUGUCCACCGAGCGCCUUGGCGGUCGCGUCUUCCACGGCUUGACCGAGUCGCCGCUGGGCGGAGCCAAGUUCGGGCCGACGUACAAAUACAAAGUGGACAAGUCGAACAAGAAGGCACAGGGCGGUAAGAGGAAGAGUAGUAACAGCACGGGUGCAGGGGCCGCUAGGAAGCCGAAGUCAACAUUGGCGGAUGUCGGCAUGCUGAGCAAGAAGAGGAUUCCAGGUUGGACCGAUCGUGUGCUCUGGCGCAGUUGGGCAGACGGCAAGGACGAGCUGCAGCCGAAGAGUGCCGGAAAUGUGGACGUGGAGCUCUAUCGGAGUAUCAUGACGUACACUCAUUCCGACCACAAACCUGUAACGGCCCUUCUGCGCUUACCAGCUCUUCCCAUGAAUGGCGACUCCUCUUCAUCCUCCGCGCCACUGAUCGUAUAUAAGCCGCCGUACAUGACCGAUGCGAGCUGGCGCACUAAGCGUGCGCUCGGCACACUGCUCGACCGACAGGUGGGCUUCAUCUGGACCGCGCUCAUCACGGCCGGCGCAGGCAAUCUCGUUGCUGGUCUGCUCGAGCUCGCUGUCGUCGCUGUCGUUAGCAUCUGGUGGAUGCAACGCGGAAGUGGACAGGGUGGCAACGACUUGGCGUAUUGGAUGGGCAGACUCGGUGGAAGUCCUUGAGCACGUGGAGACAAAAGGGGCAUGGGGGAAUUCGGAGGCAGAUGCGAACAGUAUCUUUAUCGAUUGCACAACUGUACACGUACAAAUGACGAAGCGGAUCGGUCAAUGCAAAGUAGGGCACAUUAUGCCAUC